CUUGAGGCCAACAGUUCGAAUACGCGAUACGCGCGCAUGCGACCCACCGCCCAACACCGCCCACCACCCCCCGCCUCCCAGCGAGAGCGAGCGAGAGGCAGAUAGAGAAAACUACUCCACGCUGCUUGCCAAACUAAAAUUCGUAGUGGGUGCUGAAACGAAACCGAAAAUCGACAUAAGAUAUAUAACGCACGAAAUCCAUAAAAAUACGAGUAUUUAAGCAAAAAAAAAAAAGUAUCUGUGCGUCCGUGUAUCUUGUGGUAUUGUGCGUGUGUUAAAAGAAUACUAAAAAGUUGACAAGUGCAGAAUGAAAAUCAUAAACAAAACAACAAGACGGGCAACAAGUUUUUUUGCGUAGAAUCCAGCAAAAUUCCAAGUAAAUAAGCCAACCUGCCGUGUGUUUUUUGUUUUUUCGAUUCGUACGAAUGCGAUAUUGUUGCAACUCGUUUCGGUUGUUGUUUUCACAGUUGUUGUUGUGUUUUUAACGUUGUUGUCAAAGCCACACAAAGCGGGUCAAAUGCAUAAAUAAAUGAAUGAAGCGAAAUGAAACGAGCCGAGAUGAAAUGCGAAAUAUGUUGUUAUUAUCGCUUGGCCUGAAGCGAAAUUAAUUACAGCGUGCACUGUCAUUGUUGAAACCUCAAAAGUAUCUGUAUAUCUCAAUCAGUGAAGUUUGUGUAAGAAAAGUUUUGGGUAUCUUCUGCCUUUUCGGGAACUACAUAUUGCCAUCCCGCUCUCGCCAAAAAAGCUCUAUAAACAAAUGAAUCUAUCUGCUAGAUGCGUUUGCACCUGAGCACUUGCGGAUCGCCCCCACCAAUGGCAGCUAAACAAAAGGCAGGCCUACGAUUUCCCAAAGCAGCCGCACAGAUAAGUCGACAGCACGACUUGAAUUAUUGCACGCAACAGCAGCAACAUCUACAGCAGCAGCAGCAACAUCUACAGCAGCAACAUCCACAGCAGCAACAUCUACAGCAGCGGGCAGAGAAAGGGGAGCCAAAGUAAAGCCAGCAGAAGACGCAGCUUCAUUCUACAAAACAAUUGUGGAAAAGUGGAAAACUCGUGUGUGCCUCGGUCUGUGUGAAAACGAACAAUAGAAAACCAGAUAGAAAAUCAGCAGAGAAAACAAUCAGCCAAAGCAACACACAGCCAGAGCAGCAAGCAGCAACUAUAAUUUUAGUACUUUUGUUUAUCUUUUAUUUUUCAUUCGGUAUAUGCUUCGGUUGCGAUGUCGUUGAUGAAAAUCCAUCGAGGCAAUGAAUCAUUUUCCUGUUGCUGGUUGUUGUUGCUCGUGGCAUUGUUGGUGGCUGAGGCGGCAGCAGCAGCAGCAGCAGCGGCAACAUUGAGUGAAACGCAGACGAAUGCAACUAAUGGUGCAAUUAGAGAGCCGCCUGUGCAACUGCAACAGCAGCAGAAACUGCAAAAUGCGACCGCCGGCGACGGCGAAAGCCAAAAUUCAGCGGAAAUUUUCAGCCACAGCGAUAUGGAUGCGGUCGGUGAUAAACCCACCACUUAUAGGCCCUCGGGGGCCAAUCGACCCUCGAUCGCACCACUGAAUUCCGCUCAGGAUCGUGAGAGGAAGCUGAUGAAUGUGCUGGCUGCCCGUCGCACCGCUCUGCAUCGAGGUGGUUUCCGCACCAGGAUUGGAACCACCGGAAGAAGUGCCAUUUCGCCAUCGGCGGCGGUGGAGAGUACCUCGAAGGCACCCAGUGACCCCAGAUCGGUGUGCAUCCGAAAUUGCACCAAGAACUUUACCCGCCGCACCACCGCCAGUUGCAUGCGGCAAUGUGCCAACUUCACCCGCAUGGCCAUGGCCUCCAGUGGCAAUAGUUCGGUGGUGCUGAAGAGCCCUGGUUCCGCUAAGACAGCUGUUUCUUCGGGGGAUCGGGACACCAACGAGAUCCUUUUCAGCGAUGAGUCCUCCCACGGACUCUUUGUGGUGGCCAAGGAGCAGAAUGCCACGGUGAACCACAUUGCCGAUGGCACUAAGCCACCAGUGAUGGGCAAGGGAAUACCCAGCAAAACCAACUCGAUGGAGGAGGAUGCCGAGGAGGAGGAGGAUGAGCUGAAGCCAUAUGUCUUUUUUGGAGCCAAGUUGCCACCUCUUCGACCUGGUGGCUUGACCAUUAAACCAGCUGAGGGGGAUGAUGAGCAUCCGCGAGUUCUAGAGGUUUCGGUGGCCCAGAGCAGCACCCCCACAACGGUGACUAGCACCACUCCUGCCCCAGUUAGCACCAGCAGACCAACGGCCUCCACUCGCAGACCUUUGACCCCUGUGGAGCGAAGUCGCAGCAAAUACAAGUACCACAUGAGGGAGAGGGGUUUUGUGGGAGCCGCUGCACCACCUGCAGCAGCACCACCUGCCCCACCUGUGAGUCGAACGAGGUAUGUGGGUUCGGGAAGACCCACUGCUGGUCUGGCAGAUCCUCUCCAGGAACUGAAACAAACCGAACCGGAAGUGGCCAAGCCGGUGGUGCGCAGGCUGGUGCAAAAGGCAUCACCCUCUUCUUCAACACCACUCAUAAUCACCGUACUGAGUGCAGAAGAGGAAACCACUGUGGGGCAGUCGGAACCUGUGCCAACAGAGGAAACCACCACAUCGACAACCACAACCACUACUGAGAGACCUUCCACUACAACAAGUACAAGUACUAGUACAACCACAACAACCACACCACUACCCAGCACCACAAAAAGAACAACCACUUCCCCACCAUCAACAACAACGAGCACAACAACCACUACAACGAGUAGUACCACCCCCAGCACCACCACAACGAGCAGUACCUCAACCACUGUUAUGCCCACUACCACAAAAGCCAAUUCUAUCAUUGAAAAGGAUAAGGAACUUAUAAGAGCCCUGGGACCAGCUCUAACCCAGGAGAUAAACAUCGAGGAUGCGAAUAACUUGAUAAUAUUCUGCAACAAUACCUCCGAUUGUGGAGUCACCCCUCGCACCCACACUCAUCAGUCCUACACCACCGAUUCGAAUCCCAAGAUCCUGCGCACCACCGUCUUGACCUCCAUUAGAUCCACUGUGCAUCCGCGACCCACUAGUACAAGUACGAGUACGAGUACCACAACCACUGCACCACCACCGCCGGAGGUGACUGUACCAUCUGGAGAGGUCUACAUCGGCAUUGUGGAGUCCUCCUCUUCGGUAUCCCCAUUGGACAUCAGUUCCACGGUGAUAGCCAACGAAAGGGAUUUGAAUCUGGAGAUAAGGCGGAUGAAUCUGGUCACCUUAGUUCUGGUGGCUGUGGGCGUGAUUCCCCUGGCCGCCAUUAUCCUCUAUCUGGUGCGCAACUAUGUGGUGCGACGUCGUGCCAAACAGGGCGAGGUCUUCGAUGUCUGCAUCACGGAUCAGCAACCCAUCAGUCCGGUGAAGAAGGUGGACUCCAAGUACCAGGUGGACGAUGAUGAGGACGAGGUGGAUCACCCGCACCACCAUCACACGCAACACCAUCAGCACCAACACCAGGCUAUGCCCAUGUCGCAGGCCACUCAGCGGGAUGCCAACCACAAUAGAUAUGGAAACAACGAUGAUAAGACAUCGCUGGCCAGCGAGUUCCAGGAGUUCGAGAGGAGUAAUAUACGUCUGAAGAGUCUGCUGGGCGAGGGAAACUUUGGCCAGGUGUGGAAGGCGGAGGCGGACGAUCUGAGUGGUCACUUUGGAGCCACCAGAAUUGUGGCCGUCAAGACAAUCAGAGCCUGCAGUGCACAGGUGAGCCUGAAGGAUGAGGCCAACAUCAUGCGCAAACUGGGAUCCCAUCAGAAUGUGGUUACCCUGCUAGGAGCCUGCGUGGAAAGUGAACCCCACAUGCUUAUUAUGGAGUAUGCCAUGAGGGGACGUCUUCUGUCCCUUUUGAGGGCAGCCAGAAGUGCCACAAAUAUAUUGCCAGCCUCAGUGCCAGGAGGUCGAAGUCUGGCUCCCCUGUCGCCUCGAACCUUGGCAGGAUUUGCCCUGGACAUAGCCUGCGGAAUGGAGUACAUAGCAGGCAGAAGGGUUGUCCAUCGAGAUCUGGCCGCUCGCAAUGUGCUCCUCGAUCACAAUGGCAUGUGCAAGAUCUGUGACUUUGGCAUGUCCAUCGAUCUGGAUGCAGAGAGAUUGAGGAAGGAGCAGGAGAAGAAUAUGGCCAACGAUCUGAUGCGCCACAAUGCGCACAAGUUCAAGUUCGACUUUGGGAGCAGGUACAUCCUACAGCACUGGCAGCACACCUUUGGCCAGGGUCAGGGCCAAGGUCACUGCUCCAAGGAUCAUCCGCAUGGGGAGAAGAAGUCGCACCAUGGUCACGACACCAUUGGCAAGCGGCACGCCCUGCCCAUAAGGUGGAUGGCUCCGGAGAGCCUGCAAUACCAUAUGUUCACCACCGAAACGGACAUCUGGGCCUUUGGCAUCGUCCUGUGGGAGAUUGCCACUCUGGGCUCUACGCCGUACUCGCAGCUGACGGGUCGCGAGGUCAUUCGCCGGGUGCCCCAGGGUCUGCGGCCCGACCUGCCCAAGGAGAGCCGCCACGAGUUCUACAACCUGAUGUCCCGCUGCUGGCACAAGGAGCCGCACAUGCGCCCCUCGUUCGCCCAGUCGCGGCUGGAGAUCACAAGGUCACUGCACAAGUGGGUGGACGACGACUCGGCGGCCUCCGAUUACAUGGACGUGAGCGGGUUCAGCGAGGACCUCGAGCACGGAGUGGUCUACUUCAACCACCGGAUCUCGGAGUUCGAGUGCGAGAUAUGACGCUGACUGAACCACCCUCCUCCCGGUCCUCGACCCACCAACUAACUGUGCAUCUCAACCACUCCAUCCACAACUCAUCCACCGCCCACACAUCUCUUUGCCUACCCGUAGUUCUUUCGAAAUUUUCCAUUCUCCCUUGUGACGUGCUUGUCGAGCAGUAUUAUUUGUAUUUUAUUGUUAAUUUUCCAUUUCGUAUCCCCCCCGAAGAGUUUCUUUCAUUGUAAAUAUUUAUUUGUUGACGCAACAAAACACGAAAAUGCUUAUGAUUUACGAUCUAGGCCUUACGAUUAAUGAAUGGCGCUACCUAUGCCUAGUUUAAUAUUCGUCACUUAGUUCUUCUAGUCUGUAUCUGAAAUCCCAUCUUCGAGUUGAGCUAUUUCCCCUGGAUGUAGCCAAGAUUUGACUGCACAAAUGGAAACUUUGUAACCCCUUCAGUUGUGAAAAUGAAUCGUUGAUUUAGGCGUGCAGCGCAUAGGAUCUAUGUAAUUGUAUUGAUAUCUAGCUAUAGAAUUGUACAAAUAAAUUAAUUAUACACGAAAUAUAAUUAUUAUU